AUGCCAGAAAAGGCACACCCCAGGAUGCACUCACCAUCGUCAAGAGACUCGGUGCUUUUGGUCGCAAGACAGGGGGGAACGGCGAAAAGCGGCGGCGAAAGUCGUCAGGGGAAAGAGAUGACAACUGGUGGUGUUGAGGAAAGUCAAAGGAGCGACAAGAGCAGAGAGCGGAGCUCGGAGUGUAUGCGAAAUGCGGCGAUGGAUCAGUCUUCUCGUGUGGUAAAAGCAGGGUGCAUGAGGGAGAGCAUCGACGACGCGCAUCGAGAGCCAGAUGAAAAGGUGCAAUGCCCCCUGGCGCAACCUACUCCAAAACGGCAAGGCGCGUUUGCUGCACGCAAAGAGCUCCUGCUGCAGCAGGCACCUGUGGACCCACUUUGA